AUGGAAAAAACUAAGAUCCAAGAAGACCUCGACUUGAUCGAGAUCAAUCCUAAUUUUUACGAAACCCCAGGACCAAUACAUGCAUUCCGGGUUAAUAUCAGUAAUUCCAAUUCUUUUGGUGGGGCAUUGGUAUAUCAGGCAAUCUACGCUGCUUACAAAACCGUUCCUGCUACUUUCAACCUCAGCACCACCCAUUUAUACUUCCUCAAUGGGGUGAAAUCCAAAGAGAAGGCCGAAUACCGAGUCACCAGAUUAAGGGACGGCAAGGCUACCAUUCAUAGAGAAGUCAAGAUAAUUCAAGGACCAAAGGUCGCAAUGGUGUUGUUGGCGAUGUUCACUUUGAAAGCUCAAAAAAACCGGUUCGGCCGCCAACCACUCGUCAACGCUUCGAUCACCGCAAAUUCCCAAAACAAGACCAGGUUGAAACAGGCGAUCAAGAAUAUUGUCAACGAGGCUCCCAUCACCAAGAAAGAGGGGUUCCCACCGCUGCUGCCGUUACUGGUGCCCCAGCAUUUCCCACGGAUGAUCCACGGAUUGGGAUAUAAAUUAGAUCAGCUUUACCUCAACACUUUAGAAGACCCCAAUGGAUUGAAAAUCCUCGAGGUAUAUUUCCCUAAAGCCAUUGUCAAAGGCGAUCGGGUAGUAUUCCGCAAUGAGACCGUCAAAGAGUUCGAUGCCGAUGUGGUUCUUGAACGUGAACUUUUCAGUAUUGUCAGAGGUUGUCCGGGUGGUUCUGGUACUGUUGACACUCCAGAGAAUUCCCUGAUUGGUUACCGAUGUUUCCUUGGAUACAUCUCAGAUUAUACCACCCUCUCGUGCUGUGGCCCUCUCCUUGGAUGGGCGUAUGCCGAUGAGCGGUUUGUGGUGUCGUUAGAUCAUGCCCUCUACUACCAAGAACCACAAAACCCAACUGGGAUCCUUGACUGGCACAUUGUGCGACACAACAUUCUCAAGGGUAAAGAUGGUCAGUAUACCGUGAAACUCACCAUCUACAACAGUUUUGGAGAAUCGGUGGCUAUUGCUAUCCAGGAAGGGAUCAGUGUUUUAGACAAUCGUAAAGGCCAGUUGCUGGCAAAGAAGUUGGGUAGCAAGUUGUGA